AUGGGUGAUAGAACACUUAAGCAAUUGGCUGCUCCUAAUGUUGAUAAUGAGCAGCCCUUGUGUAUUCGUUAUACUAAUCCUGUUGUACCUUUUGAGCUUAAGUCUGGACUAAUACACUUGCUGCCCAAGUUUCAUGGUCUUGCAGGUGAGGAUCCCCACAAAUAUCUGAAGGAAUUUCAUAUAGUCUGCAGCACUAUGAAGCCAACAGGGGUGGAUGAGGAACAAAUCAAGCUGCGUGCUUUCCCUUUCUCUUUGGACAGUGGAGCUAAGGACUGGUUGUACUACCUGCCACCUUCCUCCAUUGUAAGCUGGAAUGACAUGGCCAGAUUGUUUCUGGAGAAAUUCUUCCCUUCAUCCAGGGCCACUUCAAUCAGAAAGGAGAUCAGUGGCAUAAGGCAAGCUAAUGGGGAGAACAUGCAUGAGUAUUGGGAGCGAUUUAAAAGGCUUUGUUCAAGCUGCCCACACCAUCAAAUUCCAGACAAUCUCCUGCUUGUUUACUUCUAUAAAGGGCUGCUGCCUAUGGAUAGGAACCUUCUGGAUGCAGCUAGUGGAGGAGUCCUGAGCAAUAAAACACCUAAUGAAGCCAAGGAGCUGAUUGCUGAAAUAGCUGCUAAUGCUCAACAAUUUGGAACUAGAGCCAACAGCAGUGCAGUCUUCCAAGUGCAAACUCCUCCAAUGCAAAAUCCAACAGUAGCAGCAACAGGAGCAUCAAGCACAGAUAACCAGAGAAUGGAGAACAGACUUGAUGAGCUGACAUCAAUGGUGAGGCAGUUGGCAGUGACACAGACUGUGCAACCUUCUGCUCAACAGAUAAGCAACUUGUGUGGCAUCUGCUGUGAUCCUUCUCACCCCACGGAUGCAUGUCCUUCCUUUCAUCAAGACAACGAUUUCCAAGAUGAUCAGUCUGUUGCUGCAAUUUUUCCUGGAAAGCCACAGUACCAACAGCAGCAGCAACAACAGUACCAGCAGCAGCAAAAUAAUCCAUUCUCCAACACUUACAAUCCUGGCUGGAAGAAUCAUCCCAACCUCAGAUGGAACCAGAAUCAUGGUCCUUCUUUGGAGGACUUAAUGAAACAGAUGGCCACUAGCAAUCUGCAGUUCCAGCAGCAAAUGGAGGAGCCAACCCACACUGCUGCUGAGACAUCCAAUGGAGGUGACACUAGCUCCAAGAAGCAGAGCACUGAUACAUCUGAUGUCCAUAUCCCUUUGUCAUUUCCUCAGAGAGCCACUCAGUCAAAGAAGCAGUCAGCAAAGGUUCAAGAUAAAGAGAUACUUGACACCUUCCGGAAAGUUGAGGUGAACAUCCCUCUUUUGGAUGCAAUACAGCAGAUUCCGCGAUAUGCCAAGUUUCUAAAGGAGCUGUGCACCAACAAGAGGAGACUGAAGGGAGAUGAGCAGGUUAACCUGAGUCAGAAUGUAUCGGCACUCAUCCAGCCCAUGCCUAAAAAGUGUCAAGAUCCAGGGACAUUUACUAUCCCUUGCGUGAUUGGCAAUUCUGUUUUUCAUGAUUGCAUGCUAGACUUAGGAGCUUCCAUCAAUGUUAUGCCUGCAUCUGUGUUUAAGUCUCUUGGUCUUGGUCCUUUGCGUGCCACUGGUAUUGUGGUUACGUUAGCUAAUAGGAGUAGUAUUCACCCAUCUGGUUUGAUUGAGGAUGUAUUAGUCAGAAUUAAUAAUCUGAUUUUUCCUGCUGAUUUCUACAUUUUAGAAAUGGAGAGUGAGACUGCUACUAAUAGAUCCCCAAUCAUACUUGGUAGGCCUUUCAUGAGGACAGCUAGGACCAAGAUAGAUGUUCAUUCUGGUACUCUUUCCAUGGAAUUUGGUGAUAGCAUUGUGCAUUUUAAUAUAUUUGAUGCAAUGAAACAUCCCAGGGAAGAGCAUUCUGUCUUCUGCGUAGAUGUGAUAGAUGACGUUGUUGAGGAUAUUUCUGCUACAUUCCUUGCUGAGUUUUCUACUGAUUUUGAUUCUGAUUUCUGUGGUUGUGGUGAUAGUCGAGAGUGCAUUGUAUGUGAUGAAAUAACAUCUCAUCUUUCUGGUUUCAAUGAUGCACUAAUUGAUGAUUCUGAUUAUGAGUGUGAAUCUAAUGAGCAGCUACCAGUCAUUGUGGCAAAGAACCUUCUACCUGAGCAGGAGGAUAAACUGUUAACCUUGCUGAAGGAAAAUAAGAGGGCAAUUGGGUGGACAAUGGCUGACAUUAUUGGUAUUAGUCCUUCGACAUGCAUGCACCGUAUUCUACUCGAAGAAGGAGCUAAACCAGUGAGACAACCCCAAAGGCGUUUGAACCCACUGAUUCUAGAUAUGGUGAAGAAGGAAGUAACAAAACUCUUGCAAGCUGGCAUGAUUUACCCCAUCUCUGAUAGCCAAUGGGUGAGUCCUGUUCAGGUGGUCCCUAAAAAGUCGGGAGUCACUGUGAUUGCCAACCAAAAUAAUGAGCUGAUCACAACAAGAGCUCAAAACAGUUGGAGAGUAUGUAUAGACUACCGUAGGCUCAACCAGGCAACCCGCAAAGAUCACUACCCUCUUCCAUUUAUUGAUCAGAUGUUGGAGCGGUUGGCUGGUAAAUCGCACUACUGUUUUUUGGAUGGAUACUCAGGCUACUUCCAGAUCCACAUUGCACCUGAGGAUCAGGAGAAGACGACCUUCACAUGCCCCUUUGGCACAUAUGCAUACAGGCGGAUGCCCUUUGGACUUUGCAACGCACCAGGUACUUUUCAGCGUUGUAGGGUUGUUAUAACGACGAAGGUGGUGGUGGUUAGUGACAGUGGCGGUGGCUAUGACGAUGGUGGUGGUGGUGAUGACAGCAAUGGCUGCAAUGUCAAUGAUGGUAGUGAUGGUGGUGGUAGUGGUGGCGGUGGUAAUGAUGAUUGUGGCAUGGUGAUUCUUGAAUCCGUAACAUUGGUGCUUUCAUUCUUGAACAUUACCAUCUUCAUGUUGCAAGUUCAAGAUUUCACCUAG